UCCUCUAGUUCCUUGGCUCGGCGUCUCUUCGUGGCGAUAUGGAGGAGAAAGUGGAGUCCACCACUGCUCCAGGCGUCUCGUGCGUUGUGUCGGUACAGGAGACCGAAAAGUGGAUGGAGGAAGCAAUGCGAAUGGCCAAAGAAGCACUAGAAAAUAUUGAAGUUCCUGUUGGCUGCCUUAUGGUCUAUAACAAUGAAGUUGUGGGGAAGGGAAGAAAUGAAGUGAAUCAAACAAAAAACGCUACUCGGCAUGCUGAAAUGGUGGCCAUUGAUCAGGUCCUAGAUUGGUGUCAUCGACAUGGACAGAGCCCUUCCAUGGUAUUCGAACACACGGUGUUGUACGUCACUGUGGAGCCGUGUAUCAUGUGUGCUGCUGCCCUGCGCCUUAUGAAAAUCCCGCUGGUCGUCUAUGGCUGUCAAAAUGAACGGUUUGGUGGUUGUGGUUCCAUCCUAAACAUUGCCUCUGCUGACCUACCCAAUACUGGGAGACCGUUUCAGUGCAUCCCUGGGUACCGUGCUGAGGAGGCUGUGGAGCUCCUAAAGACCUUCUACAAACAGGAAAACCCAAAUGCGCCAAAAUCAAAAGUUCGGAAAAAGGAUUGUCAGAAAUCCUGAUGUUGUAAUGAUCAAAGACUAGUACCUUUUGGAGAUCUGGACAGAGUUCCUGACUGAGAGCCACUGGCAUCGCUGGUCACGUUUAUGUUAUUACUGUGUGUGAAAACGGUGUCUCUCCUCAUUUGCUCUGUUAAGGAAACAAAUUAGCUUUUUAAAAACAGUCUGACCAUGUAAACAGCUAUUAGCUCUUCCACCAAGCUGAAAGAAUAUUUCCAGGAAGGGGAAGGAUUAAGGUUUGUGGUCCCAGAGAUGUGCAAGCAGGGCCUGCCCUUCAUGAAGCUCUUUGUGGCUGUGGAGGUGGCCAAGUGGUAAAAUGCUUGCCAUGCAACCAUGAGGAUUGGGUCCCCAUCAGUGCUAGGUGGGCUUAGUGGCCUGCCUGUAAUUCCAGUGCAUGGAAAACAGAUGGGCUUCCAAGAUCCCAAAGCAAGCUGACUAGAUAGGUUAGCCCUUACCUCGGUGUCAACCUUAGGCGUCACAUGUCCACACGCACCCCCCCACACACAACCCAAAUGCAAGCGUUGACACACAUGACACCAUAUAUGUACACAUGCCAAAAAAAAAAAAGACAAAUCUUUGGAAGA